AUGAACCUCGAUUCACACAUCCAAGCCAUGGUUUUGCCGCAACUCAACGAGGCCGAGUCUUCAACUUUCUGGGAUUACAAUACAAUUCUCGAUCCACUCGCUCGCGUGUACGACAAUCCGAACAAGACUCACGAGGCCGCAGAUCGUCUUUGCGCACUCAAACAAGGCGCCACUGAAACUAUGCCGGUAUUUGUUGCGAAGUUUGAACGAGUUCUUUUCGAAGCCCGUGCUUCGAACAACAAUCCUUCGUCCUCACAACAAUACCCCAACAAGAUGGAUCUUUCCAAGGCGCAAGCUGAACUGGCGAAGACCGAAUCUGAUGACGAAUUCUUGAUCAGUUUAUGA